AUGUUGGACAUGUUUCGAACGAGAUGGAGCAGCCCAUUGUCUUUGACAUUCACGGCCAUCGUCAUUUUGCUGGCAGCCGAUUAUUAUUGGGUGUGGUGUCGUUCUCGUUUUGUUCGCCUCAUCGACGCUCUGCCCGGACCGAAACCGCUUCCCUUAUUGGGAAACCUCCUCGAUGUUGCCAACAUUCCUCUGGAUGAUGCAAAUUAUUUUGUUUGGUCCACAGAGAUUGUCCUGAGCGUGAGCCGCUAUAAUCCAAUUUACAAAUUGUGGAUCGGUUUCUAUCCAACGGUUGUCAUUGCCCAUCCUGAACUGUGGAAACCGAUUUUGUCGAGCCACAAAUUAUUGGCAAGGCCACACGAAUACAAGUUUUCUUUUCCUGAAAACAGCCUCACGAAUUUAACAGCAGGCGAACUGUGGAGGGAACGUCGUAGCCUGCUGAAUCCAGCGUUCCAUUUUCAAAUCCUCAACGGGUUCGUGGAGAAUUUCAACGACUUGAGCCUCGACUGCGCUGCCAAAAUGACAGAAAGUCUUGGUCGGACUGGACAAAAAGAAAUGAACGUCUUUUCCAUCAUGUCCAAGCUGGUCUUGGAUAUUCUUUGCGAAACUUCAAUGGGAGGAAAAGUUUGGAGUGAGGAAGAAUCGACGAAAUUCGCCAAAGGGAUCGACGUGUCAGUUUAUGUCAAAUGA